AUGGAAAGUCUACUCUUCACAUCCGAGCAAAACAGCUCUAUCCUUUUCAAAGAUGGAGACAUCAAUUUCUUUGGGCCAACAGCAGAUGCUGCCUUUGACUUCACUCCUCUCUUCGAAGAUACAUUUUUCAGCUUGAUACCAUCCGCACUGUUACUUCUUGUCUUGCCGUAUCGCUUAUUCACCUUGCGUGGCCAACGACCAAAAGUUGCCCGGGGAGGCUUCCUAUACGAAGCCAAACUACUCUUCAUGGUAGCCUUCGCUGCAAUGAACCUGGUGUUGCUUGCAGUACAUGCACUCAAUUCAUCCGAACGUACCAAGGUUACCAUUGCCGCUGCUGCAUUGACUUUUGUUUCCACCUUGGGUCUUUGCGUACUAUCGCAUUUGGAACACAUCCGUUCCAUCAGGCCAUCCGUAAUCAUGAAUGGAUAUCUGCUAUUCACCCUCAUAUUUGAUAUUGCACGCUUGCGCACACUCUUUAUUACUUACGCAAGUCGAUCUAUCGCCGGUUGUUUCGCAAGUAUGGUCGCCGUCAAGGUCAUGGUACUGUUUAUAGAAGCAACAGAGAAACGUGGAAUAUUACUGGAACCAUAUCGCAAUCUGUCACCUGAAGAGACGAGUGGGAUCUACAGCAGGUCGUUUUUCUUCUGGCUGAACUGGCUCAUGACUACUGGUUUCCGUCGGCUCCUACACAAUAACGACUUAUACCCUAUCGAUACUGAAAUGUCUUCAGCAGUUUUGCGGGAAAAGAUGCAGCAAGUAUGGAAUGCUUCGUCUAAGGAGAGCUCAAGGUCCCUCUUCUGGGCGGUACUAAGAGCAAAUCUUAGGCCGUUUCUGCUUUGCAUCAUCCCUCGGCUUUCCCAAGGGGCGUUCCGAUAUGCACAGCCAUUUCUAUUAGCACGGACAAUAUCCUUCGCCAACGAUCUGUCACAGCCUGAAGACAUUGGAUGGGGUCUCACAGGUGGCUUUUUUUUUGUCCUCCUUGGAUUGGCAGUAUCGAACGGAUGGUACUAUCAUAUGACGUAUCGCUUGAUGACCAGUGUCCGUGGUUCCCUGAUUAGUAUCAUUUAUUCCAAAACCGUUGAUCUCAGUAUCACGGCACUCGAUGAGUCUGUUGCCGUCACCCUCAUGUCCAGUGACACCCAAACAAUAUGCAACGGCUUUCAAUUUAUCCACGAGUUCUGGGCAGUGCCAUUGGAAUUAGCGGUUGCAGUUUACUUACUUUCCCGUCAAUUGGGAGUUGUUUGCGCCGCUCCAGUAGUCUUAGCUCUCGUCUCUACUGUCGGAAUCUUGGCCAUUGCGAAUUUAAUGGGCCAAGCUCAAAAGAGCUGGAUGAAAAGCAUUCAGACCCGCGUUGACGUAACAGCCACGAUGCUGGGGUCGAUGAAGUCGGUGAAAAUGCUGGGCUUCACUGACUGGUUGGGCGAAAUGGUCCAGGGGCUUCGUGUUACUGAGCUUGCGGUGGCCAGUUUAUUUCGCAAGUUGCUCAUCUUUCGUGUGGCCUUGGCUAAUCUGAUGCUUACCCUUGCUCCGUUCACCACGUUUGCUUUUUAUUCCAUUGUAUUGGCUUCCCAGGGCCAUAUUCUCGAUGCGGAGACCGCUUAUACGGUCUUGACAUUAAUUUCUUUACUUGGUACACCUAUGAACGACAUGAUUCGUACGGUGCCGAUGAUGAAUGCAGCCAUGGCAUCCCUUAACCGCAUACAAGGUUUCUUGCAGUCUGACGCGCGGAGAGAUAACCGGUUGUAUCUUGACGACUCCGCGUCAACUUUGACUGAUCCUCCAGUUGAGGAAGAAGGUAUCCAAUUGCAGAGUCCUGCAAAUUCUGCUCACACGCAACAUUCUCAGCUUAUAGUUGCCCGAGAUGUCAGUUUCUCUUGGACUCAUGACGAGAAGCCUGUGGUUCGAGACGUCAAUUUCAGUGUCUCUCGCGGUCAUUUGUGUAUAAUAAUUGGACCUGUCGGGAGUGGCAAGAGCACGCUUCUAAAGGGUAUCCUCGGUGAAACACUCUCCACGAAAGGGUUCCUCUACACCAAUUUUGAGGAAUGUGCAUUCGUUGACCAGACACCGUGGAUCCGCAAUGCAACUUUGCGAGAUAAUAUCAUUGGGCUUUCCGACUUUGAUGAAGAAUGGUAUAGAACCGUGAUAAAGGGAUGUGCUCUGGAUCAGGAUAUUGCCAUACUCCCCAAUGGCCAUUUCACAAACGUUGGAACCGCAGGUAUAUCCCUCUCGGGUGGCCAGAAACAACGUGUUGCUCUUGCACGCGCGGUAUAUGCGCGCAAGAAUGUAAUUUUGCUGGACGACAUCUUUUCUGGGUUGGAUGCUGAUACCGAGGAACGCAUAUUCGCACGACUAUUCUCUCAGCAGGGCUUAUUUCGAAAACUGGGUAGCACUGUUCUCCUGGUAACCCAUGCCGUGCAUAGACUGUCAUACGCAGAUCUUAUCAUAGCCAUGACGGCUGACGGCUCAAUUGCCGAACAAGGUAGCUUUGAUCUCCUCAAAGCAUCCGCGGGUUACGUUGCAAUGCUUGAAGCACAAUACAAAGCCGAGAAAGCAGAAGAAGAGGAUACCAAGCAGAACCAAAACGGGGCCCAUACAACAGCUAUAGAAGAAGAGAAAGAGGAGCAAAUAAUCCAGCAAGAGAGCACCGAACUGCAUAUCGCUCAAGAAGAUCUCACCCGCCAAAGUGGCGAUUUGUCACUGUACGCGUACUACCUGCGGUCCGUCCAUUGGGCGUCAUCUGCGUUCUGGGCGAGCUGCUAUAUUCUAUGUGGAGUUGCAAACAAGCUCAGCGAAUUCGUCGUCAAUAUGUGGACUGAGGCUACUGAAAUAGAGGGCAACAGCGCUAAUGGCUUCUAUCUUGGAAUAUAUGGUUUGCUAGCAUUCAUUACGAUAUUUGGCCUUGUUGUUGGCGCUUAUCAUUACAUUUUAUAUUUUGCUCCAAAAAGUGCAAAAAAUCUACAUCAACGUCUUCUAACUGCUGUGAUGAAUGCACCUCUCUCAUUCUUUACCUCGGUGGAUGUAGGCACGACAACAAACAGAUUCAGUCAAGACAUGACACUAAUAGACAAUGAUCUUCCAUAUGCCAUGGUCGACUUUAUGUUGUCCCUCUCAAUGGGGAUCAUGUCUGCCAUUUUAAUGUGCAUCUCCGCCCGCUAUUUUGCCGCAACGAUGCCACCAAUCCUACUUUUGAUGUGGAUGCUGCAAAAGUUCUACCUUCGAACAUCCCGUCAAAUGCGCCUUCUCGACCUGGAAGCUAAAUCACCUCUAUUCUCACAGUUCAUUGAAAGUCUAUCGGGCCUAGUGACAAUUCGUGCAUUUGGCUGGUCAUCCCGGUUUGAAGAACAGAACCUCAUCCUGCUGGACGCAUCCCAGAAGCCAUAUUAUCUGCUGUUUUGUAUUCAACGCUGGCUGGAGCUGACACUUGAUUUAACUGUCACCGGACUGGGUGUGAUUCUUAUGGUGAUGAUCGUCAAGCUGCGCAGUGAAGUGAGUGCGGGCUAUGUUGGCUUGGCCAUUCUAAAUGUUAUCACAUUCAGCCAAUCCUUAUCUGAGAUCAUCCGCAUGUGGACGAACUUGGAGACAUCUAUUGGCUCAAUUGCUCGGAUACGUGAAUUUGUUAAAUCUACGGAGAAUGAGAACCGACCGGAUGAGGAUCUGCCGUUGGUUGAUGGUGAUUCUCAACCGUGGCCUCCCAAAGGAGCAAUAGAUUUUCGCAAUAUCUCGGCCUCAUACAAUAACAAAAGUGGGAAUAAGAAACUCAUAAUCAAGAACCUAUCUCUCUCCAUUCGCGCUGGCGAGAAGAUUGGAAUUUGUGGACGAAGUGGCAGUGGGAAAAGUUCAUUGCUAGCUACAUUGUUCCGCAUGCUUGAGAUUGAGGCAGAGAGCUGCAUUACUAUUGACGGCGUUGACAUCACACGUGCUCCUCGACAGAAGCUCCGUGCUGCCCUCAACGCAAUCCCACAAGAACCAUUCCUGAUUCGCGGUACUGUGCGAGUAAACGCAGAUCCAUUGGGCACACAUACCACCGAGGAAAUAACCGAAGCCCUCCGCAGCGUCGAACUCUGGGACCUCGUCCAAGAAAAAGGUGGUAUCGAGGCAGACUUAGACUCCAACUUUUUCUCUCACGGCCAACGACAGCUAUUUUCUCUUGCACGCGCUCUACUGCGCGGCGGGAAAAUCAUCGUCCUAGACGAAGUUACCAGCAACGUAGACGUAGUCUCAGACGCAUUGAUGCAGCGCGUCAUUCGCGAAAAGUUUAGUGAUUGCACCAUCUUGGCAGUUGCGCAUCGAUUGGAUACGAUUAUGGAUUUUGAUAGAGUGGCGCUUAUGCAGGAUGGCGAGCUUGUGGAGUUGGAUUCGCCCCAGGCUUUGUUGGCGAGGGAAAGUGCGUUUAGAGAGCUCUAUGAGUCGAAAAGUUCAAGUAGUUGAGUACUUUGUUUGGCUAAUUUUUCGGAGAGUUAUUCCUAGCAUUGUGAUUGUGUUUGAAUGGCCAGACACGAUUAAUGAGAAACAUGACUUCUAUAAGCGAC